AUGUCAAAUCAAAAAUCUUCAGAAAUUUUUAUCAAUAAUGUGAACAGUGACAAUGAUAAUUCUACAACAUUAUCAUCAUCCUUGACAUCUGAACAAAAAAAAAGAAUUGAAGAAAAUCGACUAAAGGCAUUAUCAAAACUUCUUCCAUUAAAGAAAUUUCAAAAUUAUGCAGAAUAUGAUUUUUCUAAAAUGGUUGAUACACGCGGUGGUUUUUUGGCUGAAGAGGAUGAUGAUGAAAAUAACUCCAAAAAAAAACGUAAAAUAAAAGACCCUGAACCUGAAUUAGAUCCUUAUUCAAUGUAUGGACCAAACCCCGAUGAAAUACCACAUUGUAAAGAAUGUAGUUCAAUUGAGGUAGAUCUUGAUUUCAACAAAGUUUUUAAUGUGAAUGUUUGUAAAUCAUGCAAAGAUAAGUUUCCUGAAAAGUAUACUGAAUUAAAUGAUCCAGAUAAUUUUAAUUAUAUAACAAAACCAAAUCCACAUAAAUCAUCAUGGAACAAUAUGAUGUUAUUUUUACGGGAACAGGUUGAAGAAUAUGCAUUCAAGAAAUGGGGAGGAGCAGAAGGACUUGAUAAAGAAUUUGAAAAACGACAAGAAGAAAAGAAGAAAAAAAAAGAUAAAAAAUUUAAAACAAAACUUGCUGCCAAGAAAUUAAAAUUAUUUUUAUUACUAUGUGAACUAAAAGAUCUUCGAAAACGCACAAGAACAGACUCGUUAAAUAUUGGUAAGAAUAAGCCACAUAAACAUGAAUUUGGCCAAGCCGUCACUGAUUCAAAAACUGGUAAAACAACACAAUGUUGCAGUAUAUGUGGGAUUGUGAUUGAAGUUGAUUUAUUCUAA